AUGACAGCUACAAAGAGUUUGAAAUUUGAGAAUUUGAAAAUUCAGUUCUCUAAUUCCAUAACAGGAAACUUUUUAAGAUUACCGCAUUCAAUUAUAAACGUACUGGAAUCGACAGAUUAUGCAAUCCAAGAAUUCGGUAUAGGAGUUCACUUUCAUAAUUCGGACACACCCAUUGUUCAUCUUGGUUGGGAUGGUCAUGACUCUGGGUCAAAUGAGAACACUGUCCUAAUCAAUCCUAUACUAGCCUCUGUAUAUGACAUUAAUCAGAAGUUUCCAUUGGUAGACUUAUACAUCGAGCGAUAUGACCAAACACGUUUAGCCACAGAAGUAUAUGUUAUACCGGAGACAAGUGAUGAUUGGGAGAUAAUUGAUUCCAACGCUAUGAAGUUUCAAAAUGGUGAGAUUUUACACCAAACUCGUAUCGUUACUCCCGGUGAAACUCUAAUUUGCUAUCUAGAAGGCAUUGUAACAAAAUUUAAAAUUGACAAAGUGGUACCAUCAUUAACCUCUGCGAGACUUACAGAUGGCUCGUUAGUUGUCGUAGCACCAAAAGUUAAUAAAACACGUUUCAUGAAAGUUGAGCAUGCCCACAAUGAUGACAACAUGUUGAAAAGUGAUACAUACCAAAUUAUAAAAAAGGUGGUAUUGAGAAGUACUAUAUGUGAAGUCGACUGCACUAAAAAGAAACCUUUUGUUGUAUAUGUUAAUAAUGGAGUGCUAUUACCAUCUCAAAAAGGCUACCUUUCCAUCAUACAGUGCAGUUUAAGACAAUUAAAGAAAAGCGAUUCGGAUAACAAAACAGUUGAUGUUCUGCCAAAAAAGAUUGGCGUUUCUAUUAAAUGUAAUAGUCUGGUACCUGAAAAUCAUAUCUGCUUGAGUUCAUACCUUUGGGAGGCAUUUUUUGCACAUCCAACUAAUGGGGCUAAAAUGAAGUUAGAGUUUUUACAAAUAUGUCAAACAAGUAUGAUACCUGGAGAAAAUGUAAAAGUCAUUAUCAAGUAUUUUGGUAAAGACUUUUCUUCAAAGAGUGAGAAAAGCUACCGAGAUUUGUUGAAGGGAAGCUUGUUGACUAAUAACUUAAUACUUCCAAAAGAACAAAUUAUGAUUGAAAUAAGAAAGGGGAAAUCUGUGCAAAAAUUACUUGACUUGAAUAAGACACCCAAGGAUUCUGUCCAAUGGGAAAUAAAACAAAUGGAAAAAGAAGAAGCUAAAAAACUUUUUGAAGGGUAUCUAUCUAAGGCAUAUUACAUUGAAGAAAAUGAUAAAGUUACUUGCACUAAUGGGGUUGAAGAUCAUUUUAUUACUGUGAAUAAUAUCAAGCAGGAAAUGGUGGAUUAUUUAACAUCACCCGUCAUUGCCUCACCGGCAAUUAUAUUAGACGGGAAGCAAGGUAUGGGAAAGACAAUAUUAUUAAAAGAGCUCAUGGAUGAAGUCAAAAAGGAACAUCACAUUUUUGUCAAAUAUGAAGAUUGUGAUACAUUGCACGAGACAUCAAAUUUGGAUAAAAUGCAAAGAUUGAUUAUGGAAUGGUGCUCUUUCUGUUAUUGGUAUGGUCCUUCUCUGAUUGUGCUAGAUAAUGUUGAAAGUCUAUUUGGCAAACCUACAUCUAAUGAAGAAGAACAACCCAACAGUGGUCAAUGGGAUAAUGCAAGUAAACUCUUGAAUUUUUUCAUUACUCAGGUGGAGAAAAUGUUUAGUAAGGAUAACAGAUGCAUCAGAGUUUUAUUUUCAGGUAAGGAGAAAACUCAUAUAAAUUCGUUAUUAUUUGAUAAGCAUUUUGUUUCUAAAUGUUGGACUCUCAGAGCACCUGACAAACUAGCAAGAGAAAAUUUAUUGGAGUAUUUUUUUUCGAAGAAUACAGUCAUGAAAUUAAAUCGAGACGUGCAAUUCAAUGAUUUGUCAUUAGAGACAGAAGGAUUUUCACCUUUGGACUUGAAAAUAUUUACAGAGAAGAUGUUCUACGAUUUACAGUUACAGAAAGAUUGUAAUAAUGUAGUAACGAGAGAGUUUUUCUUGAAAUCUCUUGGAGGGUUUACACCUUCUGCGCUGCGUGGAGUGAAGCUAACCAAAGAAACCAACAUUAAAUGGGGGGAUAUUGGUGCAUUGGCUAAUGCUAAAAAAAUUCUCCUCGAAACCUUAGAGUGGCCAACAAAAUAUGAGCCUAUUUUCGCCAAUUGUCCUUUAAGACUAAGAUCCGGAAUUCUACUGUAUGGGUAUCCUGGCUGUGGUAAGACGCUCUUGGCGAGUGCCGUAGCACAACAAUGUGGGCUGAACUUUAUUUCCGUCAAGGGACCCGAAGUUUUAAACAAGUUUAUAGGUGCUAGUGAACAAAAUAUUAGAGAUUUGUUUGAAAGAGCACAGUCUGUCAAACCUUGUAUUCUUUUUUUUGAUGAAUUUGAUUCUAUUGCACCGAAGAGAGGUCAUGAUUCCACUGGUGUCACAGACCGUGUAGUCAAUCAAUUAUUGACUCAAAUGGAUGGUGCUGAAGGCCUUGAUGGUGUGUAUAUUUUAGCGGCUACAAGUAGGCCCGACUUAAUCGAUAGCGCAUUGCUGAGGCCGGGGAGAUUGGACAAAAGUGUGAUUUGUGAUAUACCAACUGAAUCAGAAAGGCUAGAUAUUUUGCAAACUGUGGUCAAUUCCCGAGACAAGGAUACGGGAUUGAAAAAGUUUGCAUUAGAAGACAAUACAGAUUUAAAAUUGAUCGCUGAAAAGACGGCUGGAUUUUCUGGUGCUGACUUACAAGGUCUCUGCUAUAAUGCAUAUUUGAAAUCUGUACACAGAUGGUUGUCUACUGCAGGGGAACCCGAAGUGAUAUCGGCAAACAACGGCAUAGAGUACUUUAUAAUUAACGAGAACGGACACAAAGAAGAAAACAGGCUACGGCUAAGAACGCUCCUGCAGCAAGAUGUGGUGCACGAAAUGAAUACAACCAUUUCGCAUGCCUCCAAGCGAACAGCUGUGGUCACAAUAAACGAUUUGAUAGAGGCAUGUCAAGAGACGAAGCCUAGCAUUUCAACGAGUGAAUUGGUCAAAUUAAGGGAAAUUUACGACAGGUUUCAGCAGGAUAGAGAUGGUGAGAUGCCAAAUGGUGAGAAUUCCAUUGACAUCGGCAGCCGGCUCUCCCUAAUGUGA